AGCACCUGAGUCGCGAGCGGCUCGGGAAUUUCGUAUCAAUGCUUUAGGCUACGAAAUAGUUUCACUGAAGCUAAAUGCGAGGCAAACCCGAAUCCUCAAAGCCCGUUUACGCAAUACUGUACCUUGUGUCGCCCAGAUUAUGUCCCAAUCGCCCCUGCCAGCAGAAGGAAGCCGGAGAAGGCUUCCCAAAUCCAAAACCGGUUGCCGAACCUGUAAGAAGCGGAAAGUUAAGUGCGAUGAGGGACAUCCUGCAUGUCGGAACUGUGUAAAGCAUGGUGUUGACUGUGAUUUCAUCAUAGCUACACCAAGCAGCAGCUCAGCUUUACCAAGCCCUUCAAUCCAGCUGUGCUCCUGUAACCAUGAGCCGUCUUCUGGAUUCACAAUCAACGAUCUCGAGCUGCUUCAUCAUUACACAACGUCAGCAUGUCUCACUUUCUCGACGGAGCCGAUGGUUCGCAACUUUUGGCGGGUCAACGUCCCCCAAAUGGGCUUCACGACACCAUACAUCCUGAAGGGCAUGUUAUCACUUUCUGCUCUACAUUUGGCCAAGUUCAGACCGGACCGCAAGGACUUUUACGUCGCCCAAGCUUUCCUUCACCAUAAUGCAGCCGUGAAUAUGGUGUCGCCCAUCAUCACCAAAAUCACCGUCGAAAAUUGCGUGCCGGUCUUUCUGUUCAGCACGAUCACGAACUACUUCGCCUUUGCAAAACCAAAAGAAUCCGAUGAUUUUCUUCUUUCGAGCCACAGCGCACCACCAGACUGGCUGAUGUUGUUUCGCGGUGUUCGUGCCCUCAUGGAGGCCGAGCACGCCGUCAUACAUCACUCCUCUGUGGCGGCCAUGUUUGAGACGGGAAUAGCGAUGCACCAAUACUGGUUGUCGCAUACUUUUGAAAACGAAGCAUUCAGGGAGUUGGAAGCAAACAUUCGUCUCAAUCUGAGGGACGAACCCGAGAAGUUGGAUGUAUUGAUGCAGGCUAUGGCCACCCUGAAGCGUAGCUAUGCGACGGUUUAUGAAAGUCCCCAGACGAUAGCCCAGACGGACGAGAACAAAGUCCGUGGGAUAUUCAUCUGGCUCUUCAAGCUCAGCAACCCAUAUAUUAUGCUAGUAGGCGAAGGCAACAAUGAGGCCCUGUGCAUUCUUGCAUACUUUUGUGUCUUAAUGCGGCGACUGGACUUUUUGUGGUGGAUGGAAGGCUGGGGCUUGCACCUGAUUGAGAGGAUAUACUCCAAGCUCAAUGAUAACUACAGGCUUUGGAUCAGAUGGCCGAUUGAAGAGAUAGGCUGGGUUCCAGAUUAUAUGAGCCCUUCGUAUUAAUGAACAACUUGUCAUCAGAUAUUUGCGCUUCCGAGCAAUUAUUUCGAG